AUGCAGGAGUCAUUGAAGCUGUUUGAUUCGAUCUGCAACAGUCCUUGGUUUGCCGACAUUCACUUCAUCUUGUUUUUGAAUAAGAAAGAUUUAUUUGCUGAAAAGAUCCAGCGCAGUCCCUUGACGAUCUGCUUCCCUGAAUACAAAGGCCAACAGAAUCAAACGGAAUGCAUCAACUACAUCCAGUGGAAAUUUGAACAACUGAACAGGUCGUCACAAAGGGAAAUAUACUGUCAUCACACCUGCGCUACUGAUACAAAUAAUGUGCAGUUCGUGUUAGACGCUUGCCUGGAUAUGAUCAUCGCCAAAAACCUCAAGAGUAUGGGAUUGUGCUGA